ACUUCUUUUGACAUGCAAGGCUCGAAGAAGUGAAUGGCGAUUGUCCUCUGCGCAAGAACACGUUCAUCGAUUAGUUUCUGAACAGUCAAUUGUAAAUUUUCUGACCUCUGGGGGGUUAAUUCGAUCGAAAAUUACCUCCUCCCGAGGAGUCAACUUCACCUUCCCUUACAAAGUUGCCGAAAAGCUUCACGACCGCUCCUACGAUGGGAAGGCACGAUUCUCCACCAGAUUCACCACUCUCUUCAAUGGAUUCAUCAGACGGCUACGACGAAGAUGUCACAGAGACAGCUGACGACCUCCCUCCUGCAAAGCGCCAAAAGAGGGGCGAUGGGUCAGUAGCCUCAUCCGCAGUCAUUCCCGAUCCAGAUCCAGAUUCCUUGGAAGGCAUGUCCGACGUGUCCUCCGACACCUCGGGCGAUGUGCCCAGCUCGCCGAUAAAUGCACGACUCGACGAGGAGGAAUUCGCAGAGCAAGUGACGGUGUGCGCGUGGGAGGGAUGCAAGGCCUACAGUAUCGGCAACAUGGAUAAGCUCGUCGAACACAUACACAACGAUCACAUCGAGGGUCGGCAGAAGAAGUACACCUGCGAAUGGAUCGGUUGCCCUCGGAAAAGCAUGCCCCAUGCCAGUGGCUACGCUCUGAAGGCGCACAUGCGGAGUCACACGAGGGAAAAGCCCUUCUACUGCUACUUGCCUGAAUGCGAUCGCGCGUUUACGAGAUCCGAUGCCCUUGCUAAACACAUGCGCACCGUCCACGAGACUGAGGCUCUCCGACCGUCAGACCCGGUCCCGAAGAGCAUGCAGACGGGAGGGCCGGCGGGGAAGUCGUCCAAGCUCAAGAUCAUCCUCAAGACGCCGCAGUCGCACUCGAAGGGGGACUCCGACUCCGCGGAGGAGGGGGGCAACGCCGACGACUCGGUACCCUUGACGCUGCUGUCGACGGACCUUGGAUUCACCCAGAAUGAGCGUGACAUGCCGAUGGAUAAGCUAUAUGCCCUCUGCCGGUGCCAGGUGAAGUGGGCCGAGGCGGACGGGGAGGCGCUCCGGAAGGAGUGCAAGAAGUGGGAGGCCCUGUACAAGAAGGAGUGGCUGGAGAAGGAGGUCCUCUUAGACCAAGUCGUGCAGAGCGAGCUAGGCUGGCACAAACGGAGGCGGGCGGUGCUUAGCGGCGCGGUUGAUGUGCACGUUCCGGACGUGGUCGCUAACGGGGCAGGUGAUGAGGACGAGCAUAUCGGCGGUGUUGUCACAAACGGCGAGAUGGUGGUGGAUGCAGACUAGGCAUCGACUUGGUGGUGCUGGGCAUGAACUUCAAGCCCAGCAUGGGCUACGAAUAUCACGAAGAUUGUACUACUAGCCGUGGCAAUUCCUUUCAUGCGAACGAACCCUUGUACUCUUAAUUUACAGCGGCAAUCACCGCGUCUAUGCAUGCCAUACGCC